AUGGGCUUCAACUGCACCUUCGACUGGGUCCCCCGUGGCCUGACCUUCACCCCCACCACCGUCGACCCCGACCUGCACAUCCACCACGGCGGCCCCAUCGAACCCGACACCAUCCCCUCGCGCUACCGAAUCGAAACCAGAACUCCCAACCCCUCUUACCUCACGCCCUCCCUCUGGAUCGAGAGCAUGAUGAGCAUCGUCACCCAACCCUCCAAAUCCCUCAUCCUCCUCGAGUCCAGUGGCCCGGAAGAACCCGGAUUUGCUGCCCCCUACGAUGUCAUCCGCGCUGCUUUCAAGUCAUUGGGGCUCAGGAGAGAGCAGGUAAGGAGAGUUAUCGGCAAGAGCGGAUCACUGACGGAUUAUUUCUUUUCUGAGACGGUGAGCGAUGCGAGCGUUGAGCUUGCGUUUCGCUGGACUUCGAUGCCAGGGUGUUAUGUUAUCUUCUUUGGAAGGUUUACCACGAGACUGGAGAUGGGGGCGGAGGGGACGAAGAGGAUGGUUGGUGUUGUUUCUCAUCGAGGAUUUCUUCCUAUUUCUUUCGAUAAAGCUGGUGUGGACACCAGAGAGGAGAAGACGCACGCGAUAGAGUCUGACUAUUUAAUGGUGGCGCUGGACAAGCAUGCCGAGGAACUAGACGAAAACCCGAUGAGGGUGUUCACCGUCCUGAUUCAGCUGUGUGUAUACCACUUGGAUGAAGAGAUCCAUGAGCUUGGCGUAAGGAUAGAUGGCACACCAAUCGAAGCUUUUGCACAGGUGUCAAAGGAGAUGGCGCCGGAGAUUUGCGGCCUGAGGAAGGCUUGUAAUGAUCUCUUGGUUAUCUGUGGCGGGUAUUUGCAUGCAGCAAAUAUCUAAACUGAAGGGGACAAGUACCCUGACGUACGUGGAUGGAUUGCGGAAGGAUGUUCAUGGGAUUAGAAUGUUGGUUGAACUGCGCUUGGAGAAAUUGAACUACGUUGAUGGGGUUUGUAGCCGUAUGGUGAUGGGUGCGGAUUCAGGGAGGCGCAACAGGUUGAUGGAGUGUUGAGUGGUGGAUCUGGAGAAGUCAAGUAGUAGGCUGGUGACGAGAGACGAGAACAAGAAAGACUUUACCGGAGAGAAAAAC